AUGACUGACAAUGAAAAGAACAACGUGAAGAGAGCAACAGGAAGCCAAGUAGAGAUAACUCCACGGCUUGCUGGUCCUGGCUUCCCAUCCAUCCGCACUUCACUUGCUGCACCUCUGAAACAUAGUCCCAUGAUGGAGGGACAUGACUGCUUCAUGGGGCAUUACAUGGCCAGCCGAGGGACAGGGUACAAAGACAAGGUGCACACAGGAGAGGAGAAGAAAAGGGGUUACAGGGCUCCAGGUGCUGAAAAUGAUCUCACAGACGGGAAACGAGCCCCUAGGUCCAGAGCUCAGGAGGGAAUGGAAUUUCCACCCUGCAGCAUUUCUCUGAAACCACUCUCGGGUUGUGAAUCUCUCCUUCUCUGCUGGCAACCUGCCCAAGCAUGCAGCACUGCCCCUGAUUCGGCACUUGAGCUGAAGCAGAUCACUCAUUGUCCCAGCCUCUCAAAUUUUACCCAGGUCACGAUGGUGCCGUUGGGGCACCUAGCCAAAGGGGCCACUUUGGAAGAUCUUCUUGAAACCUGCAUUCAGUCUUUUGAUUUAGAAGGAAAUGCAUAUCAAAACAACCAGCUGCUAAAGAUAAUUCUGGCCAUGCAUCAGUUUGUCAUCUCCUCUGCAGACAUGCUCCAGAAACUCAUUGAUCUCUAUCUUAAUGCUUUAGAAAAUAAAUCUUCCAUGCUGUGUGUAAAGAUAUGCUAUUUUGUGAGGUAUUGGAUUACAGAGUUCUGGGUUAUGUUCAAAAUGGACUCUAAACUAUCCACAACUAUGGAGGAAUUUCAAGAACUGGUUAAAACUAAUGGUGAGGAGUUACACUGUCGCCUAAUUGACACAACUCAAAUAAAUUCUAGGGAUUGGUCUAGAAAGCUGACACAGCGUGUAAAGGCCAACACCAGUAAGAAACGGAAAGUCUCGCUUCUUUUUGAUCACCUUGAGCCAGAGGAGCUGUCAGACCACCUUACCUAUCUUGAAUUUAAGUCUUUCAGAAGAAUAUCAUUCUCAGAUUAUCAGAACUACAUUGUGAAUAGUUGUGUGAAGGAGAAUCCAACAAUGGAAAGAUCAAUUGCUCUUUGCAAUGGUAUCUCUCAGUGGGUGCAGCUAAUGGUUCUCAGCAGACCAACACCACAGCUUCGGGCUGAAGUGUUCAUCAAGUUCAUUCAUGUUGCUCAGAAGCUCCACCAGCUGCAGAAUUUCAAUACAUUAAUGGCAGUGAUAGGAGGGCUCUGUCACAGUUCCAUUUCCAGACUCAAGGAAACAAGCUCAUGUGUUCCUCAUGAUGUAAUUAAGGUGUUUAAUGAAAUGACGGAACUGCUUUCAUCUUACAGAAAUUAUGACAGUUACCGACGAGCCUAUAAUGAGUGCAGUAACUUUAAGAUCCCAAUCCUUGGGGUCCACCUGAAAGAUUUGAUAUCACUUUAUGAGGGCAUGCCAGACUACUUAGAGGACAAAAAAAUUAACAUAUACAAACUAUACUCUCUGUAUAACCACAUAAAUGAGCUGAUACAACUCCAGGAAAUGCCGCUUCCCCUGGAGGCUAAUAUGGACCUUGUUCAUUUGCUUACACUGUCCCUUGAUCUUUACUACACAGAAGAUGAAAUUUAUGAGCUUUCAUACGCACGAGAGCCACGAAGUCACCGAGCUGCCCCUUUGACACCUUCCAGACCACCAGUAGUUGCAGACUGGGCCUCAGGAGUAGCCCCAAAACCUGAUCCAAAAACCAUCAGCAAACAUGUUCAGAGAAUGGUAGAUUCUGUCUUCAAAAAUUAUGACCAUGAUCAGGAUGGAUACAUUUCUCAGGAAGAAUUUGAAAAGAUAGCUGCCAGUUUUCCAUUCUCAUUUUGUGUAAUGGCUAAGGACUGGGAAGGUCUGAUUAGCAGGGAUGAAAUAACAGCUUACUUUAUGAGGGCUAGCUCAAUCUAUUCCAAAUUAGGACUUGGCUUUGCUCACAACUUCCAAGAGACCACUUACUUAAGGCCUACUUUCUGUGACAACUGUGCUGGAUUUCUAUGGGGAGUCAUUAAACAAGGAUACAGAUGCAAAGACUGUGGAAUGAACUGUCACAAGCAAUGCAAAGACCUGGUUGUGAUAGAGUGCAAGAGAAGACCCAAAACUUCAGUUGCAGACAGCAGCCCAACAUCCGCUCUUGCUUCAAGCCUCUGCCCAGUAGGAGUCAAAGAGCAAUUCCAUGGACAAGAAGAAGGACCAUUCACAUUUCCUAACGGAGAAGUAGCGGAACACAAUGAAGACAGCAAGGACCGAACAAUUAUGCUCAUGGGUUCCUCAGCUCAGAAAAUCUCAGUGAGACUGAAACCAGCUGUGGUUCAUAAAGCUACACAGACUGAUCCCGUACUGUUGGCUGGUGAGGUAUCUCGUAGGCAGACAGAGAAGAAAGAACAUAGGAUGCCAGAAAAUCCUUAUCUCCAGGCAGCUCCACCAUCCCCAUGUCCGAGCCCAAUUCUAGGCCGCAAAAAGGCAUAUGUUAAAUGGGAAAACAAGGACUCCAGCCAGAAAAUGAAGGAGGAGCAUCACAGCUGUAAACCCUCAUACCAGGAACUUGAGCAGGAAAGAAAUAUUCUAAAGGCAGACAAUGAAGGUUUAAAGAUCCAACUGGAACAGGCACAUAAAACAAUUGAAUCUCUCACAAUCCAGAGACGAAACCAUGUAGUCGACAACCUACAACACAGAGACUGCUCCUAGCAGACAAGAGAGGAAAUCUCCUAUGGAAGAAUGUGAGACUGAAGGAGGGGUUGUGAUAAAGCUGCUUUACCAAGUGAACUGCAGAGAGAGUCUGAAGGAUGUUAAACAGAAAUACUCUCUUUACUCAGCACAUUUCCAUAUUAAACAUACACUCCCAAAUGCAUAAAUCCAUUCCUUUGACUUUUAAGGUAAUUUAGCAUUAUCUGUGCAAUGAAAAUAGUAUCAUCUGGGUUUGCUUUUAAAAGGAGUGACAGUGUUGCUGAAGUUUCUGUUCAUGAAGACGACCAUGUGGAUUCCCCAGUGACUUGGCUGCCAGCAGCACACCUUACUCUACAAGUGUUCUGACAAAGUAGCUAUUCAUAAGACUGUGUCACCUCAGAUUUGGCCCAAAUUCAGGUUUGUAGAAACAAAUGUUCGAUAGCUAGCUGAGUAUUUAAGUAAAACUGUAGAAAUAUUCCAUUAAGAGAAACAGUUCCUUCUCAUUGUGGCUGAAACCAAUUAAAAUCAUGAAGUGAACUGUCAUCUUCAUUCCCAAAGUUAAAGAAUAUUAAAAUAAGUAGUUAAGCUAAUGAUAUUUGAUUCUUAGACUUUGUUAAGAUAAACUGACAAUUUUUUUAAACCUCUUUCAGAGCUUUAGAAGUCCUGCUGCUCAAAUGCUUACCUCUGUUAAGGUAAAAUAGACGAGACUAUAGAGAGUUUACAUUGAAUACUGCUUCCAUUUUUGUGUUCCAUGCCACAGCUUGGAACCCUUAGCCCUACUUAUUUGUUUGAAGGGAUAAAUUGUUGUUGUCCACAUACGGUAGAUAUGGGACACGGUUGAUUAUUUUUCUCUCAUGACAAAGUGGGCACCAUUGUUGAGUAGAACCUCGAGGGCCAUAUUAUGAGGGAAACUGUACAGUAAUCCCAGUGCAACAGUUGUUGUACUCCAGAGCUCCUAACAUCUUCUGGUUCUAACCAAGGUUUCUCCAUUUUCUCUCUCCUAGAUUUCACAUGCACUUUAGGCAAAGAGUCAAGAUGAGUAUGCUCUUAUGUGUGUAAAUUUUGUAGAGUAAAAGGUGCUAGGGAGGUAACUUAGUUUUCUUAAAGCUACAAAGUGUACAUAUUGUUAAGACAAAACAGUCUUUCAAGUUACUGAUAAAUCCACUUGUCAGAAUAGCCAAUUUUAAAAUUGCAUUUGCAUUCCAAGAGAAUCUGUACGCUUACAGUUGUAUAAAACUUGCUCGCAUUUAUCAGACAGGGAUUUGUCAUCAUGCAUUUAAACAUCAGAAACUUAUGACUUUGAUGUAUUUAUCUACAAAGUCCACUUAAUGCUCCUCAAAACUUGUAAGUUACAAGUCCGUUAUAGAUUGAAAUUUAGUCAACCUAUUACAAUAGCAUGUGUGCUUUGUGUUCAAAGUGGUAUAAAUGUAUGUUCCAUCCACAAUUUACAGUCAUUAUCAAGUAUAUGAAUGCUUUAUUUAUGAAAGUCCAUUUGAAACUACUUGCCAGUUUAGUCAUUAUAAAUUCUUGCUUUGAACUUGGAUUGUGCUUGCAUCUCCAUGUAUAAGUAAAAACAAAUGGAGGGAAAUAGUAGUAGUAGUAGUAGAUUUUCUGUUACCUUACUGUAAAUAACUGAAAUGCAUAGGACAAAAACCAGCAGCUGUGAAGAUUGUGCAGCUUUUUUUCCUCAUACACUAAACCCGAAUUAUUAACAAUUAAGAUGGAAUUGCACUUUGAUCAAUGAAGCAAUCAGAAUGGCUCUCAGGUCAUGCCUGCAAACUUGCUUUGCCCAUUUUCUGUAUGCUUCUUGAUUUUGUCCUCUAUUCAGGGAACUACAGAAAGGCGUAUUUCUGAUAGGCAAUUAGCAAAUAAAAGUCUGUUUCUGCAACAAUCAAAAUAAACAAGAUAAAAGUUGAAUAUAUUUUCACAUAUUUCAAAAAUACCCCAAAAGAGCAGCUAGGACUCACAAAUCUUGUUGUGCAGCUAAGACAACUGCUCGCUUGUGGUCUGAACUCUGGAUUCUAAUGCAAUUUGCGUGUAUGCAUACACUUUGUCUACGCUGGGGGGUGGAGAUCAUGAACAAACUCUUAUUUAAAAAGAAAAUUCCCAGCAGCUGGCCCAAAGGCUACUGUGUUACUAGGUUGAGUACUUAACACUGCAAAUUGAGUUAUGACCAUAGAUUUGUUCAGUCUUAAAUGUUAACUUAAUGUUUCUCUGUGGUGUCGUCUUGUUCCUACAAACAAUCUGAAUGACUUAAAAGGGAUCUGUUUGCAGGAAUGUUUUACAGAACAAGUAUGUGGUGCCUCAUGUACGCUGAAAACUUCCUGCUUCAAAGAAGUCAGUUGAUAUCUGGAGAACUUCAGAGCUCUCAAAGUACCUCCAGGGUCUCUGUUUGCCCAAAGCCCCUUACGGUGUUUUUUUUCUUUUGUGGUGGUGGUGGUGUUGGUUUUUUAUGGUGGUAGUCCCUUCUGACUUCUUUUGGGACUUCCCUUUUGCUGCAUGAAAGACUAAUAGCACAAACUGACUACAGGGAUACUGCUAAAACUGGCAAAGCUACUAAACGAAAAUCACUCACAUCUGUAUCAAUCUUCAAGCUGCUUUAUGCUAGGAAAAAAGAUACAAUUUAAGUACUAAGUGCUGUUUAAAAGUCAACGUUAGCAAACACCGAUAUUGAAAUGUAUCGUCAUGGCUAAUCUAAAUGAAAAGCACUCACCUUUAUUCCUUCUCCAGGCUCAGCUGUUUCAUGUACAUACAGAAGGAGGAAAAAACAAGU